GGACUUGCGCGACCUCACAGGCGUCUAAAACCGCCACACCCAUCAUGGCCGCCGGAUCCGUCCAAGUCGCCAGCCAGCGCUGUGACGUCACGAUCAUUUCUUUAUCAAUCGCGUUUAUAAAUCGAUAAAUUCUCUGUGUGAGAUUGAAUCCUCGGGAGGAAAGGAGAAAACACUCACUCAGAGGACUAUAAUAAUAAUAAUAAUAAGAAGAAGAAGAAGAAGAAGAAGAAGAAGAAGAAGAAGAAGAAGAAGAAGAAGAAGAAAGGUAAAAGUUUCGUGCAGCACACUUGAUGUCUUCCCCUCGUUUUGUGGUUUGGGAAAGCGAGGACCUCCUCGCAUACCUGCACCCCAACCCCUGCACCCCGGGGGUCACCGUCCUGCAGCAGAAGCCCCGCCCCGGUGCUCCGGAGCCCGGUGGCCUCUUCCAGCUGCCUCUCCCCGGCUACACCGAGCUGCUGCUGGGGGCGCGGAGCGUGGCUCGGCUCCUGUGCGAGCGGCUCCCCGUGCGCCGCUGUGCCCUCAUCUCCGAACCAGAACCCCCGGCCCGACUCAAACUCGUUCCCCUGCACGGGCUCGGCCCGGAUUGGGAGCCCCGCCUCUCCGGGGAGCUGGAAUUCAGCGCGGAGUUCAGGGGAUACUGCUGCUCCAAGCGGGGGCCGCGGGCCGCGGAUUCGGAGCUGGACCGGGUCCAGUCCAGGAUCCGAGCCCGGCUGGAGUCCCGCGCCGUCAGCUACCGCUUCCUGGGGGAGCCGGGGGACCCCAGCCUGUUCGCCCGGAUCGUGCGGGGCGAGGAGGAGCCUCAGUGGCGGGUGUGGGAAGACGAGGGUCACGUUGCUGUCCUCACUCCCUUCCCCAACACUCCCGGCUACACGGUCCUGGCGCCCAGGCAGCACCUCCCCAGCGACCUCUUCAGCCUGGGGGAAGAGGACUUCGUGAAGCUGGUGCAGGCCGCCCGCAGCGCCGCCCGGCCGCUGAGAGAGGGGCUCGGGGCGCAGAGCUGCGUCCUGAUCUUCGAGGGCUACGAGGUCGACUACGCCCACGCCAAGCUGGUGCCGGUGAUCCUGGGGAACAAGAAGCAGCAGCAGCAGGAGGAGGGGGAGGGGGAGGGGGAGAGUCUGCCCCCAGCGGCUGAGUUCCACAGCUCCUACCCGGGCUACGUGACAUCAGCGGAUGGGCCCCUGGCUUCAGAACAAGAUCUCCGGCAGCUGCAAGCCCGGCUUCGCUCCGGCCUCUCCCAGACACAGACCUCGUAGAGGAGACGCAGAGCUGGCUAACCGCGCGCCCUCGGGCCGACCCCGUCCUGCGCUGCCGUCGGCUCACGCAGCCCUCGCUGAGCACGGACACAGAGAUUUCUUUAACCUAGAGCGAGGCACCGGCGCGCUUCCCAGAGGACAGUUCUGCUAGAACUACGUGCAUCUUUCAAAACUGCACGUGUGUUCAACGCUAGGGCUUAC